AUGUCAAUUUCGCACUACCUCACCUUUCUGUUGUUUUUUUAUGUAAUUCAAUCGAUCAGCUGUGUCAAAUUGAUAUCAGAAGAUAAGAAUACUAAAUAUGAACCGAAUUGGGAUUCACUGGAUAAACGUCCACUGCCUAAAUGGUAUGAUGAAGCGAAAAUUGGGAUAUUUAUUCAUUGGGGUAUAUUUUCUGUUCCUAGUUAUAGAACUGAAUGGUUUUGGUGGAUGUGGAAAGGUGAUCCAAAAUCAAUGCCAGAAAUUCCCCAAUACAUGGAAAAAUAUUAUGAACCCAAAUUUGCCUAUGCUGAUUUCGCUAAACAAUUUCAAGCGGAAUUUUUUCAACCCAACCAAUGGGCUGAUUUAUUCAGUAAAUCAGGAGCACGUUAUGUCGUUCUGACUGCAAAACACCAUGAAGGCUUUUGCAACUGGCCAUCACCAACUUCAUGGCAAUGGAAUUCAGUAGAUAUUGGUCCAAGACGUGAUUUAGUCGGGGAAUUGGCACAAGCUGUUCGUAAUAGAACUAAUCUACGCUUUGGAGUGUAUCAUUCCUUAUUUGAAUGGUUCAGUCCUUUGUAUAUAAGUGAUAAGAAGAGUAAUUUUACAAAACAGACAUUUGUGGAACAGAAGACAAUGCCUGAAUUAUACGAUUUAGUAUUACGCUACAAACCGGAGAUUAUUUGGUCUGAUGGCGAUGCUGGUCCUGAUACCUAUUGGAAUUCAACACACUUUUUAGCAUGGCUUUAUAAUGAAUCUCCUGUCAAAGACACCGUUGUUACAAAUGAUCGUUGGGGAAAUGGAUGUUCUUGCCAGCAUGGCGGUUAUUAUUCCUGUGAGGAUCAUUAUCAUCCAGGGAAAUUGAUUCAGCAUAAAUGGGAGAAUUGCAUGACACUGGAUUGUUGUUCAUGGGGUUUCAGACGAGAAAUAACCCUGAAGAGUAUUUUAACACCACAGGUACUCAUCGGCGAAAUGAUUACAACUGUUGCAUACGGUGGAAAUAUUUUGAUCAAUGUUGGACCUACCGCCUGGGGGACGAUUUCACCAAUCUAUGAAGAACGUCUACUGCAACUAGGUGAAUGGUUAUCUGUCAACGGUGAAGCAAUCUAUGCCACACAACCAUGGAGAGUACAAAGAGAAUCGAAUCCAGAUUUUGUUUGGUAUACUCAAAAGGUAGAAAAGAAAACUGACGACUUGGAAACUUUGAGAACAAUCACUCUGUUGGAGUUCAUCGAGCGUUUAAAGCACGCCAGACAAAAUCCACCACACGUCUACGCUAUUCUACAAAAAUGGCCAAGUAAAAAAUGUAUCGAAGUCACUAACCUAAAAUCUUUGAUACUACCAUCAGCAUUAGCAGUAACAUCAUUAACAGAGGAGACUGAGUCAGCGCCAACAAGCCUUCAAUGUAAACGAGAACUUAUCCUACCCUCGAUAAUUGCCAAGCCAAAUCUUUCAGAGUUCACUCUGCUCGAUGGAACUGAGACUGGAAUCAGAUUGCCAUUUAAACCGAUGGAUGGUUCCACGUCAAUUGGAGUUAA